GACUCUGCUCAGAUUGAAUUGCUUAAAGAACUGCUAGAUCUGCUAAAGGAUAUGGUAGUGAUGCUCUUGUCACUGCUUGAAGGUAACGUUGUAAAUGGAACUAUUGGAAAACAAAUGGUAGACACGCUUGUAGAAUCAUCUAGCAAUGUAGAAAUGAUUUUGAAGUUCUUUGACAUGUUCCUCAAGUUAAAAGAUCUGACUAACUCAGAUGCUUUCAAAGAGCAUGACCCAGAUGCUGAUGAAAAUGAUAUGUUUAACUAUGUUGAUUUUGUGGAAAGAUUCCAUGAACCAGCCAAAGACAUUGGAUUCAAUGUAGCAGUAUUGCUAACAAACCUUUCAGAGCACAUGCCUAAUGAUUCACGCCUUCAGAGCUUACUUGAACCUGCGGAAAGUGUUCUUAAUUACUUUGAACCAUACCUUGGCCGUAUUGAAAUAAUGGGUGGAGCCAAGAAAAUAGAAAGAGUUUACUUUGAAAUCAGUGAAUCCAGUAGAAUGCAAUGGGAGAAGCCGCAGGUGAAGGAAUCCAAAAGGCAGUUCAUAUUUGAUGUUGUAAAUGAAGGUGGAGAGCAAGAAAAAAUGGAACUUUUUGUGAAUUUCUGUGAAGACACGAUCUUUGAAAUGCAGUUAGCAUCCCAGAUCUCUGAAACAGAUUCAUCUGAGAGGCCUGAGGAAGAGGAAGAGGCGGAGCCUUGUUAUGUAAUGGAUAUUGGAGGUGAUGAGGAAGAAGAAAAGUCCCUGGAAUCUGCUUCAGCUUUUGCAACGGCCUGUGUUGCAGUGAAGAAGAAUGUUGCCAACUUUUUAAAAAUGGUCACUGUGAAGAACCUAAGGAAACAAUACAGGAAAGUUAGAAAGAUGACAGUAAAAGAGAUGGUAAAAGUGUUUUUCUCCUUUUUCUGGAUCCUAUUUGUAGGGAUGUUCCAACUGUUUUUUACUAUAGUGUGGGGAAUUUUCCAGAUUCUUUGGAGCACUGUAUUUGGGGGUGGCCUGGUUGAAGGAGCCAAAAACAUUAAAGUUACUAAAAUAUUAGGGGACAUGCCUGACCCAACACAGUUUGGAAUCCAUGAUGAUGUUAUGGAAGCAGAAAAAGCUGAAGGUGCUGAGCAUGGCAUCACAGCUGAACUUGUGCAGUUUGUGAAGGGUGAAAAGGGAGAAACUGACAUAAUCUCAGACAUUUUUGGCAUUCACACAAAGAAAGAAGGUGGCUCAAAACAUGGUCAUGAUGCUGGACUUGGAGAUAUUGCAGAAAUCCUUGGUACUGAUAUCCAGUCAUCUUUGGAAAACACAGUUCGUAAGAAAAAAGGAUUACAGAUAUCUGAAAUUGCAAAAGAAGCUGAAAGAGAAAGAAAAGCAGAGGCUGAGAAGGCUGACAUGGAAGAUGGUGAGAAACAAGAUAAAGCAAAGGAAGUACAAUCUGAGCAGCUGGAAGAGGGAAAAAUGAAGAAAAAGAAGCGAAGGCAUGGACAAAAAAUUGAGAAACCAGAGGCUGUUAUGGCUAACUUCUUCAAAGCUUUGGAAAUUUAUCAAACAAAAAUGCUUCACUACUUAGCAAGAAAUUUUUAUAACUUAAGGUUUCUUGCUCUAUUUGUUGCAUUUGCCAUCAACUUUAUUCUUCUAUUUUACAAGGUGACAGAAGAGCCACUUGAUGAAGUAGAGGAAGACUCUAAUCUCUGGAACUCUUUUGAUGAAGACGAAGAGGAAGAGGGCAUGGUGUUUUUUGUUUUAGAAGAAAGUACAGGUUACAUGGCACCUGCUCUCAGAGCAUUGGCAGUUAUUCAUACUAUCAUCUCCUUUGUCUGUGUGAUUGGAUACUAUUGCUUAAAGGUCCCUCUGGUUGUAUUCAAGAGAGAAAAGGAAGUAGCUAGAAAGCUGGAAUUUGACGGACUAUACAUAACUGAACAGCCAUCUGAAGAUGAUAUUAAAGGACAAUGGGAUCGUCUGGUUAUAAAUACGCCGUCCUUUCCUAACAAUUACUGGGACAAAUUUGUAAAACGAAAGGUUAUUAACAAGUACGGAGACUUAUAUGGAGCAGAGCGCAUAGCAGAACUUUUAGGUUUGGACAAAAGUGCCCUUGAUUUUAGUCCAGUGGAAGAGAGCGAACCAGAAGAGGCAUCUCUUGUAUCGUGGUUAAGCUCCAUUGAUACAAAGUACCACAUUUGGAAGCUCGGAGUUGUUUUCACUGAUAAUUCCUUUUUAUACUUAGUUUGGUACACGACUAUGUCUAUCCUUGGGCACUACAACAACUUCUUCUUUGCUGCUCAUCUGCUGGAUAUUGCUAUGGGUUUCAAGACAUUGCGAACCAUUUUGUCUUCAGUCACUCACAAUGGGAAACAGCUUGUGCUUACUGUAGGACUCCUUGCUGUAGUAGUGUAUCUUUACACUGUUGUGGCGUUCAACUUCUUCCGCAAAUUCUACAACAAAAGUGAAGAUGAAGAUGAACCAGACAUGAAAUGUGAUGACAUGAUGACGUGUUACCUGUUCCACAUGUAUGUGGGUGUAAGAGCUGGUGGUGGCAUAGGAGAUGAAAUUGAGGAUCCUGCUGGAGACCCUUAUGAAAUGUAUCGAAUUGUCUUUGACAUCACAUUUUUCUUCUUUGUCAUCGUUAUCCUACUGGCCAUUAUUCAAGGUCUGAUUAUUGAUGCUUUUGGUGAAUUAAGAGACCAGCAAGAACAAGUGAGAGAAGAUAUGGAGACCAAAUGUUUUAUUUGUGGAAUCGGCAAUGACUAUUUUGACACAACCCCACAUGGCUUUGAAACACAUACUUUGCAAGAACACAACUUGGCAAACUAUCUGUUCUUUUUAAUGUAUCUCAUUAACAAGGAUGAAACUGAGCAUACUGGCCAGGAGUCAUUUGUGUGGAAGAUGUACCAAGAAAGAUGUUGGGAUUUCUUCCCAGCAGGGGACUGCUUCCGGAAACAGUAUGAAGAUCAACUUGGCUAA